AUGGGCAGUGGUGGCUCUGCUCAAGCAUUGCAGCUGACCCCCCAGGAAGCGGCAGAUGUGGGUACCUUUGUAGCCACUGGCCUGAGUGGGGUCCCAAGUUUGAAGAAAAAAUUGGAGGACUUGCAGGCUGGAGCUCAAGAGUCGGAGAAACUCCAACAAAAAGUGGUGCAGCUGGAGGAGGAGAUCCUGGCUUUGCGUCAAGCAAAAGAGUCUGGAGCCAUGCAAGGGUCAGAAUGCCGUUUGCAAAAUGCCCAUAGCACGAAGUUCCAGAAAAUUACGGCCUCCAUUGAUGCGAUCUUCAGCCAGUUUGCAUCUGGGCCCUGUGGCAUCGGAGCCGAACACCUCAGUCUUGCUAUGCGCUUCUUGGGGUUGAGCCCGACGCAAGAUGAAGUUCAACAAUGCUUGGACAAGAUGGGCUGCCCUAACCACCUCGAGCACGCCAAGUUUCACGACUUGAUGCAGGAGGAGUUGGAUAAGCACUUUGCCAAAGUGCAGGUGCAAGAAUUCGCGGGGUUUCUGAGGGGGUUUGACCUGGAAGGCAAAGGCUCCCUGUCCGUGAAGGAUUUCCAGGAGGCGAUGGGAGGCAGCAUCAGUGACGAAAAGUUAAGGGCACUUCUUCAAAGAGUUCCUCGCACUGGUCAAGGCGAUUUGGAGUUCAUUGAGUUGGCCAAAUGCUUCCAGGAACCUGGAGAAUCUCUGGAGGUCGACCAGACAGCUGAAGAUGGCGGCGACAAAAAGGUUUUCGUGGCUCUUCUGAGCGGCAAAGACUGUGAAUGCUUAUGGUCGCAGGACCGGACCAUCCGACAGCUGAAAGAAGAAGCCCAGCAAAAGCUGGAUAUUAAAAUCAAGAACUUGAUUGGUCCCAGCAUGGAGGUGUUGGACGAAGAGCGGAUGCUCGAAGAAGAAAGCAUCGUGCCUGGCACCACGCUGACGGUGGUUGCCGUAGACCAUGCAGCGGAGGAUAAGGAAGAAGCGGCACGGUGCCAAGACAUCUUUGCCGCAGCCGUGUUAGGCAAACUGGGCGCCACGCGGCACUUCCUCCGGAUGGACCCCGGCGCCGCGUGCAAAACCGAGAACUGUAGCCACAGCACCGCGCUGCACUUGGCGGCGCACCACGGCCACGUGGCCAUCUGCGAGGUGCUGCUGGCGGCCAGGGCCGAGGUGGAUGCCAUGUGCUUAGAUAGCGAAGACCAUGAGGGCACCCAUGACUUUCCAAAAGUCAUAAUUCUUGGCGCGGCACCGCAGGGUUCCAACCUCCUUGUGCUGGCCCUGGCCGGCGGUCUUGGCUACAUUGGUGUGCACAGAGAAGAUGCCUGGUAUCGAUUCACCACCACCCUGACGGCAGUGGCUGAGAUCGCCCGGAUGCCAGAAGAAAAGCUGAACCGCUUCCUUUUGUCAUACAGCAUGUUCGAGAAGGAUCAGUUUAAAGGAGAAGCUGGAGAGCUAGAUCUCUUAAUAGACUACUACAGUGUCCUGAAUCACCUAUGUGCCAUCGGCAACUUUGAGAAGAUGUAUCUCCCUCCCUAUCUGGAUGAGAACAAGGAUGUGUAUGGCAACCAGAAGCUGUAUGAGAAGAAGAUGGCCGACUUCCUUGACAUCGGUCCUGGUUCCAAGGUGGCUGACAUUGGCUGCGGCCGAGGACGCGUUGCUCACCAUGUCUCCUCCUACACGGGCGCGCAUGUGACCGGCUUAAACAUCGACAAGGAACAGAUCCGACAGGCAGUGGACUACGCCAAACAGACAGGGCUCGGGUCACAGUUGGACUUCAAGGUUGCCAACUAUAAUGAUCCCUUGCCGUUCCCCAACAACAGUUUGGAUGCAGCCUACUACGUCCAGGUUUUGAGCUACUCCACCAAUCUCGAGGCCUUCUUCAAGGAGGUCUUCCGAGUGGUGAAGCCUGGAGGAAGGGUGGCAUUUGAAGACUACGUCUUAGGUUCCAACUACAGCGCUAGCAAUCCCCACCACAUGGAGUUGAAGAACUUGUACAAACCAGUUCUGGGAGGCGUUGAGACCAGCUUGCCAGACACCUUCAAGGCAGCAGUGGAGGCUGCAGGCUUCCAAGUGGUCUACCACAAGGACGAUAGCAUUUUUGGACGUCAGGCGCCAUUGCUUCGGCAAGAGAAGGACUUCUGGUUGCCGCUGACGUCCAUUGUGGGGUUCCUGCAUUCCAUCGGCUUGGUGCCUGAGAUCUACUUCAAAGUGAUGCAGCGGAUGACCGCUGGCACCGAUGCCCUGAUCGAGUCCGAUGAACUGGGGAUCGUGUCGUGUGGUGCCUGGGAGAAACAGCUUGAUCCAACAGCCAGGAUCCCGCGUCGUCACCAUCACCAUGGGCCAAGUUCAUCAACCUCGUCAUUAAAGUCAUGGUCCACGACUGGAUGA